UUCCUUUUUCUUUUCUUUCUGUCCUUUUUCUCUUAUUUUGUCUAUUGAAAAUUAUCCGUGCUCUUUUAAAAUCCUACGAUACGUUUUUACCUAUGUCAACUGCAGUAACAGAAGAACCAGCAUCAACAAAGAUUUUCACCUGCUCCCAAUGUCCAAAAGUCUUUGUUACUCGUUCAAACUUAAAACGCCAUAUGGAGAAUCCAAAUAUUCAUAAUAUCCCCUAUGUUCGCUGUCGUGAUCAAAAGAGGUGGAAAGGUCACUCUAAAAAAGUGAUAUCGAAAGAAGAAAGUACCGAAAGUAAUAAUGAUAGAAUGCGAAAGUGGCGUGCAGAAAACAGAGAAAAGAACAGGCAAAAUGAUCUGAGAUGCCGUGUCUAUCGAUUAGCACGUCAAAAAUUCGGCGAAGGAAAGUCUGUUGAAAAGCAAGACUUUGUGAAGCAUGAAAUUGCCAGAAGAUUAGGCAGACGCCUCAUCCUGGAUGGUCCACUACCCGUCAAAAGCAGACUAUCACUUCACCCUACGAACAGGCAGCAACAAGCGUCCAUUUGCAUGGACACAACAUCGCCAGCCACCUUUUUAUUACCCUCCACAGAUCCUAUAAGCAUUACAAAUAUCCAUCCAAAUGACCGUCAUCACGAUAGUUCCGUCAUGAACAAAGAGUUGCCAUUUUACAGUACACCACAACAAAAGAUCAAACUACCAUCCAUUGAAACCAUGAAUCACGUUACAGACCACCCUCAUCAUUACUACCAAACCUUACAGCAGCAAAAGCAACAAGCGACCCUACCUUCAUCCACGCCUCUCACUACAGCAAGCCCUGCAUUCUUACCCGAUUUAUCUCCACAUUUGCCAUCUGAACCGCCCCUCGAUCUAUUCUUACAACGACACAUAAAUAACAGUGUUUAUGACAGUUUAGAUAUUCCACAAAGCAACGGAAGCAACAGUCCAGCGAAUAGUUGCGCCUCCGAUAUCUCCCUUCCAAGUCAUCCUAAUAGCCAUAUCACUCAACUGCAACAAGAACAGGACAACAACAACAACAACAACAACAAAAGCGCUCAUAUCUUACUGCUAUCACCUUUAUUGUCUACCACUUCCUCCACAACAACAACGACGACGACGACAGCAGGGGGAGACGCAAACUUCUGCUGUGUGCUACCUUCCAUGCAUAACCUUUUAUCGCCCUCAUGUGCAUUAUCAUCAUCAUCAUCCUCAUCUGCUUCGACACCUACCGAAGCCUCUGCAACAAACAUCGCUGACCAAUUUCAUACCGCUAAUGUACAAACACAAAAUGAUGGUUCUAUCAAUAUUCUAAAUGAAUUUGUUGGCGUCGUUUUGGACUAUGCUGCAGAUACUGGCUAUCUCAACCAAGAUUCCAAUUCUAUGGUCAUAGGAGCAGCAGCAACAGCAACAAUUUAAACUUUCUUACAAAAUGCCUCAUCAUUUUAGUUAAUUUACGCAUGAUUUCAUUU